AUGGAUCAAGAUAAUAACAGCAAUGAUGACAGCAAUAGGCUGAACUCACCUAAUGUUCAUUCAAAUUUGGGUCCUCAAGCAUGGCUGAAUAUUAGUGAAGAUUUUGACAACAACAGCAACAUCAACGGCAGUAGCAACAACAAUAAUAACAUAAGACCACAAAUGCCAUCCCGAACUAGAGAAACAGCAAUUCCGGAUAGAAAUGCAAACGAAACUAACAAUCAAACAUUAAACAAUAUAUUUAGAUUUGAUAGUAUUCAACGGGAAACAUUCUUACCCAGUAGCGACGGACAACUGCUAAAUCAACGUUAUUCGUUGACAUUUCAACCCCAACAACAAACAACUGCAUUAAGUGGGAUCGAUAUAAACACUGUAAACACAAACCUUAUGAAUGGUGUCAAUGUCCAAAUAGAUCAACUCAAUCGAUUAUUGCCUAAUUUGCCAGAAGAAGAACGGAAACAGAUCCACGAAUUUAAACUAAUAGUAGGAAAGAAAAUUCAGGAGUUUCUGAUUGUCAUAGAAAAGCGAAGAAAAAAGAUACUGAACGAAAUCGAGUUGGACAAUCUUAAAUUGAAAGAACUACGUAUCGACAAUUCUCCACAAGCAAUUAGCUAUUUGCAUAAAUUACAAAGAAUGAGGCUAAGGGCAUUAGAGACGGAAAACAUGGAAAUUAGAAAUCUAAGGUUAAAGAUAUUAACGAUUAUAGAAGAGUACAAAAAGUCAUUAUAUGCAUACUGCCAUUCGAAACUAAGAGGCCAACAAGUGGAGAAUCCUACGGAUAAUUUUAUCGUUUGGAUAAAAUCCAUAGAUACUAAUGAAUCUUCUGAUUUAAAGGAAGGAUUACAAGAUCUUUCUAGAUAUUCGAGGCAAUUUAUCAAUAACGUGCUGUCUAACCAAUCAAGUCAAAACAUUUCGACAGGCAUGACUCAAAGAACAUCCAUCUUUGCGUUAAACAUGCUACCGUCGGAAAUAUUACACUUAAUACUAGAUAAACUUAACCAAAAAUAUGAUAUUGUAAAAUUUCUUACUGUUUCCAAAUUGUGGGCCGAAAUUAUUGUGAAAAUACUCUAUUAUAGACCACAUAUAAACAAGAAAAGCCAGUUAGAUUUAUUUUUAAGGACAAUGAGAUUAACUUCCAAUGAAACUGUUUUCAACUACCGCUUAAUGAUCAAAAGGUUAAAUUUCUCUUUCGUCGGUGAUUAUAUGCAUGAUACAGAGCUUAAUUAUUUUGUCGGCUGUGAGAAUUUGGAGAGGUUAACCCUAGUGUUUUGCAAACAUAUCACCAGCAUACCUAUAUCGGCGGUACUCAAGGGAUGCAAAUUUCUUCAAAGUGUGGAUAUCACUGGAAUAAAGGACGUUUCCGAUGAUGUGUUUAACACCUUGGCAACAUAUUGUCCCAGAGUACAAGGUUUUUACGUUCCUCAGGCGAGAAACGUCACCUUAGAUUCGCUACGGAAUUUCAUAAUUCACUCUCCGAUGUUGAAAAGAAUAAAAAUCACAGGAAACAAUAACAUGAACGACGAAUUAGUAGAACUAUUGGCCAACAGGUGUCCCUUGCUUGUAGAGGUUGACAUAACAUUAAGUCCAAAUGUCACGGAUUCUAGUUUAUUAAAACUUCUCACUAAGCUAGUCCAACUAAGGGAAUUUAGAAUAACCCAUAAUACUAAUAUAACGGAUAAUAUUUUUCAAGAGCUUUCCAAAGUGGUUGAUGAUAUGCCCUCUUUGAGAUUAAUUGAUCUUUCUGGGUGUGAAAAUAUUACUGAUAAAACCAUUGAAAGAAUUGUCAAUCUGGCCCCUAAAUUACGCAAUGUUUUUCUGGGCAAGUGUAGCCGAAUUACAGAUGCAUCGCUGUUCCAGUUAUCUAAGCUGGGUAAGAACUUACAGACGGUGCAUUUCGGUCACUGUUUCAAUAUCACUGAUAAUGGGGUAAGAGAACUAUUUCAUUCAUGUACAAGAAUACAAUACGUUGAUUUUGCCUGUUGUACAAAUUUAACUAAUAGGACCCUCUAUGAAUUAGCAGAUUUACCAAAGUUGAAGAGAAUCGGCCUUGUGAAGUGUACACAAAUGACCGAUGAAGGGUUGUUGAAUAUGGUUUCAUUGCGAGGCAGAAACGAUACUUUAGAAAGGGUACAUUUAUCGUACUGUUCCAAUUUAACAAUAUAUCCGAUAUAUGAGUUACUAAUGUCCUGUCCCAGACUUUCACACUUGUCCUUGACUGCUGUUCCAUCAUUUUUACGUCCCGAUAUAACCAUGUAUUGCAGGCCGGCACCUUCCGACUUUAGUGAAAAUCAACGCCAAAUAUUUUGCGUAUUUUCAGGGAAAGGCGUACAUAAACUUCGUCAUUAUUUAGUCAAUCUGACCUCACCUGCGUUUGGACCACAUGCUGACGUAAACGAUGUUCUGACAAAGUAUAUCAGAUCCAAAAAUUUAAUUUUUAACGGUGAAACACUUGAAGAUGCUCUUCGAAGAAUAAUAACUGAUUUGAAUCAAGAUUCUGCUGCAAUUAUAGCUGCUACAGGAUUAAACCAAAUCAACGGUCUAAAUAACGAUUUUCUUUUCCAGAAUAUCAAUUUUGAACAAAUAGAUGAAGUUUUCAGCUGGUAUCUCAAUAAUUUUGAUGGCAUUAGAAUGAGCUCUGAAGAAGUUAACUCACUUUUGCUGCAAGUAAACAAGGCAUUUUGUGAAGAUCCAUUCAGCGAUGCGAACGAUGACCAGGAAUAUAUUGUGGCGCCCGGUGUGAAUCGUGAAAUCAAUAAUGAAAUGUGUCAUAUUGUAAGGAAGUUUCAUGAACUGAAUGACCAUAUUGAUGAUUUUGAGGUGAACGUUGCUAGUUUGGUAAGAGUCCAAUUCCAGUUUACUGGAUUUUUACUUCAUGAAAUGACUCAAACAUAUAUGCAGAUGAUUGAAUUGAAUAGACAAAUUUGUUUAGUACAAAAAACAGUUCAGGAAUCGGGCAAUACAGAUUACCAGAAAGGGCUUUUAAUAUGGCGACUUUUAUUUAUUGACAAAUUCGUUAUGGUAGUUCAAAAGUACAAGCUCUCUACUGUAGUUUUGAGAUUAUAUCUGAAAGAUAACAUAACAUUGUUAACCAGGCAAAGAGAAUUAUUAAUAGCACAUCAAAGGUCAGCAUGGAAUAACAAUAAUGAGAAUAAUGUUAACAGAAACGCUAACAAUGGCGAACUUAUCGUACCGGAAGCUGAAGUAAAUGAUGCAAAUAGCAAUGAUACUAAUAGCGGUAAUGAUGAUAAUGAAACAGAAAACCCAAACUUUUGGCGGCAGUUUGGCAAUAGAAUGCAAAUAUCACCAGAUCAAAUGAGAAGCCUUCAAAUGGGUCUUCGCAAUCAAGAUAUGGUUAGAAACAACAAUAACAACAAUAUAAAUGAGUCAAUACCUGACACUGCCAUUGAUUCUCAAAUGGAUGACGCAUCAGGAACACCCGAUGAAGAGAUGUUAUAA